AUGUCGGGCUGGUCGGAGUUGCCACCGGAUAUCAUCCAUUCGAUCUCCUUGCAAAUCGACAAUCCUUUUAGUCUGAUCCACUUUCGGUCAGUUUGUUCCUCUUGGAGAUCCUUUAGUAGUAUCCUCAAAUUCCGACCGAUGACACCGCUUAAAUGCCCUCUUCCCCUAGAUUCAGGCGGUUGUGGUGAUGAUUGCCAUAUCUUGACCAGCCGUGUUUACCUCCUCAAGUCUCCUAAUAGCAACCCUAGACCCAAAUACUGGUUAUUUAGGCUACAAGAGAAGGGUAAUGGAGAAAUUGUUCUAUAUAGUUUGUUCUUAGGAAGAAACUCUUCUGAGAACAAAUUCUUGUAUCCAAGUCUUUCACUUAACUUGCUCGACUGUCAAAUCUUCGUGCUAGCGCACGAACACGUGGCAUAUUUCAGUGAAUGGAUUGAAGGAUUGGAUUUCGUUAUGGACUUGGUAGUUCCUAUCGGCUCUAUGGGUUUAGACGGAAAGAACAACGAGUUUGCUAUUCUUGGGAAGCUCUCAUUUGAGAGUCUUGCCAUGUAUAGGUCAGCCGACGAGUGUUGGACUGAGCUUCAGAUAAAAACUGAUCCAUAUCCCCAAGGAAUAGUUUCAUAUAAAGGUAAGUUCUACGCCAUAGAUCGCACCGGGAGAACAAUAGUGGUAGAGCCAACAACACUAGAAGUGAACACGUUUCGGCGGUCAAGGCCCUCUGAUAAGACAAUGAGACGUUGGCUUUUAAAAUUAGCGGACAAACUCCUUCUUGUGGAGAUGUGCAGAGAAAGGGGAUACGGUUUGUACGAGGACAAGAUAUGGUUUGAAAUUUCAAAACUAGAUGAAAAGAGAAACAAUUGGGAUCAAGCUGAAGAUGUGGACGAUCACGUGUUGUUUUUGGACUAUUAUUGCUCCUUCGCAUGCUUAGCUACUGAGAUUCCGGGGUUUAGAGCCAACUCUAUAGUCUUCUUGGACAUGUGGAGAACAUCUGACUUACCUACACAUGAAAGAAUUAGUGUGUUUGAAUUCAGUGAGCAUGGCCUUAGAUCUUUAAUAGAUAUACCUGAGUAUAUUGAGCUGUUUCGAACUCCCCCAGGUUGGGUUCUCUCCAACGAAUGA